CAACACUACUAUAUAACAAAUAAUUUGAGGAUGUAAUGGUCUACAUAUGUGAAUGUGAUGUCGACAGCGGUUGCUAAACUAGUAGCGGACACCCCUAGACUCAAUGUCCCUAAUCACCUUCUUGACACACAGUUGUUCCCAAGUCACGCAACAUUGAGCAAUGUGUUGGCAACAGAUAAGCAGUCGCUUCACUUUAAAGGCUUUCAGCUUGGCAAAGUUCACCGCCAAAAAGUGUCCCUGACGAACAAAGCAAAUGGAGCACGGAGAUUCCAUGUGUUAUCCCCAGCUUCUGGCUUCUUCAAAAUACGGUUCAAAAAGACUGGAAAAUUGACACCGGGAAUGAGUUUGGGAAUCACUGUGGAGUUUUGCACUAACGAAUUUAACUACUACGAAGAUUUUAUCAAAAUUCAUUGUGAGGGAGGGAACAACCUUGUUAUCCCACUACAUGCGUACCCAGUCCUCGACAUGUCCUCUUUUCCUAAACAACUCUCCUUUUCUAACACACCCGUUUGUAAAUCAGUUUUCAAGAAGAUAAAGCUCACGUCUCCUGUUCCGGUGGACUUCCUGUUUAGAUUACACUACACAGGACACCCUUCCCUUAGCGUGGUACCUUCCAGCGGUAUUAUACCUGGUGAGGGGAGCGUUGAACUGAAAGUAACUUUUUGCCCCACUGAGUACAUAACCGCAAGUGGAGCGUUUGAUCUGGUGAUCCAGCAAUAUGACAACCCUGUGUACAGAUGUGCUGUCAUGGGUCUCUCUCAACCAGGUGCUGAGCGAGACAUAGUAUUGGAGAGUGAAAGUGUGGCAAUGCCCAGUCUUACAAACGUUAGACGGAAACAGAAGCUUACUGACCCUCUAAUGUUGGACCCUUCUACCCUGGCACCAGUCAAGCAGUCUAGAAAGGGUAGAAAAAGGCUAGCUCCAAAACCUGUAACAAGUACUGUUGUAGACGGAGUUAGGUUUCCUGAUAACCUCAACAAUCCUACAGCUGUAGCGUUCGUGCUCAACCAAAAGCCAGGUCACCUGAAAGCAAGUGAGCUAAAAACUGGUUCAGCAGCAGCAGAAAUAGCGAAACAGAUCGGGAACGAACGACAACUGAAAUCUGCUGUUUUCGAAAGUUUGGUUAAACAGAAAGCUUUAGAGGAACGUAACAAUCGACUGAGAUGGACUACACAGCUGGGUUCAGAUCCCAUGUCCCCCGAACAACAAUCUGACGUUGUGGAGGAGCGAGAGAGGGCACAACAGGACUACUUGUUGACACAGGCUGUAUUUUCUCAUGAGGACGAGUUUAGUCAGACUAAAACUCACUGUUCUGCCGCGAGGGUGUAUAGAUUAGCAAACGAACACACCAAGUUGCUACCCACCUUCGAUCCAUACAUGAGCAGCGAAUGGGGCAAGAGAAAACUAGCCCUUACACGAUUUAUCCGAGCAGUCCGGAAAGUGAUCGUGACACAACGUGUAGCGAAACGUUUCCAGAUGCUGAUAAAGCACCACGUGAAGAACGUGAGACACACCCCAGACACACCUGAUACGAGCCAGUGUACUGAUAAUAUGGGGGAGGUGACACCUGUUUAUCUGCCCUUGUACCAUCAGGAGAGAGACGAUGUGGAUAUGACUCCUGCUAAGUUGGGUGAUAUCCCGUCCCCGGCUAUAUCACUACAACUAGAGGUAGUGAAUCCUAUAUUUAACCUACACGUUCCUCGAUCCAGUGAUCUUCUGGAAUACAGGGAGCACGAGAUAAGCCUAGCUGCGUCACACGAACCGGAAGUGCCGAUAAUAGCAGUGGGGGCGGAGGAUGAGUUAACUCCGGUCUUACCUGAAUCAGACACUCUGGUCACUGAGACUCUCAGCUUCCCUCCUGAAAUUAACUUCCCCACUAACUAUCCGCCUCUCAUGAUAUUUAACCCCGCUCCAGGAGUCACGGCGCAGUACGGAGGUACUCAGUGUCUGGAGACGAGUGAGGAGUAUUACCUGAACCCCCUCCUCCGCCGACCUAUCAGACACAGGGGUCCCAUACAACCCCUCCACAAACAGGAUGUUAUACCCGGCACUCAGAGGUGGCACAAGUUCCCCUGUCAGAUGCUGGUUAGUGUGAAUAACAUGAGUACUAUAGGAAGUGUUUGGUGUCCGAGAAGAGAAGGUCUGUUACAGGAUCCUAUACCCGAGUUAAUGACUGAACUCACUCCAGAUCUAGAGAUCGGAGAGGACGAGGAGGUGGGAGCUCUAAUUCACCCUACUCCCGAGAGUGUAGCCGAGCAGUUUCUCCUUCAGUUCGAAAAGGAGGAGGAUCCCUUACCUCACAUGUACACUUCACACGAUAUUAACGGUCCCAUACACAGAUUGACAAGGGAAGAACAACUGGCUGAGUUUGAUUUAGAACGACAGAACAAACUCGGCAAGACAAUCCAUCGCAAACUCGACACCUUACAAGAUCACAUUCGAAACAAAGACCUUCACUUGGACGUUUAGAAACUUUAUCUUGAAUAUAAGUCGCAGAAUGUUGUGAUUAAACGGGAAUAGUUGUCCAAGAGGGUGUUGAAUAAGACAGUAAAUCUUAAGGUUUAAAAGUGAUAACUUUGUUUGAGGGUUGAGGUUAUACAUCAGAAAUUGGUCAAGUUUGAAUUGGAAUUGGAAUGGCGGACUCUUUUUAGAACAAUCUUCCGACAACGUACUUUCACAAACUUUCAUAAAAGGUUCAACUACGUGUAAGUUAUUGUUUUUACGUCGAAAUAAAAAUUUGCUAUUUAAUGUUUAUAGAUGUACAGAUAAGUUCUUGUUAGUAGUUCUACUAUUUGCUGCUCAUAGCAGCUGUCAGAAAUUUA